CCUGUUUUAUUUUUUUUUCUGUAAAGAUGGCGGCGACCUUGUGUUCGAAAAUAAUACCAAAACAAGGAUGGCUUCCCCUGGCGCAGAGUGUCCGACACGGCUCCAAAGCGGUGACUCGCCACAGAAAGCCCAUGCACUUUCUCAAACAGAAACUGAUGGCUCUAACAGAGUAUAUUCCUCCCAAACCUGCUGCACCCAAGGGCGCCUAUCCAUCUGAGACCAUACAAGUGAAAGAGGAAAGUGGCUUAGCAUUACUAAAGAAGAAACAGUUGAAAGAAGUUUUUCAAGCCAAUAAGAUGAUUGCUGUAGCUCAAAACAGUGCCAGUAGCGUGGAGGACAUGCUGAUUCUCAAACACAGGCUUCAUAAACACGACAUCAGUGUCAAAUUCUUCCCUAAUGAGAUUAUGCGAACAUUUCUAAGUGACAGUAAUUAUUGUAAUAUGGCUCCAUUGUUCAGUGGUCCCACUGUGCUGCUUGUGAGUAAAGAACCUAAAGUGAAGGAACUUUUGAAGACUGUGAGGGGCAGUCCACAGAUUACACUUUUAGGAGGCUGUGUGGAGGACUCCAUACUGAGCACACAGGGUCUGUUGAGUUACUCCAGGCUCCCAUCAUUGACUGUUGUUCAGGGAGAGCUGGUGAGCGGACUGACCAUGUUGACGUCCCAGACUGCUGCUCUGCUCCAAAGACACCCCUCGCACUUGUCUGCCCUCCUGACACAGUACCUCAAACAGCAGAGUGGAGACACAGAGGCAGUUACUGCACCUGGAGAAUCAUCGUGAAGAUUAUUCAACACAUAUGAACUAAACAAAACGCGAACAUUUGUAGCUGCCAUGUCAUUAUGGCUGUCCUCUUACAAUGACUGGACCACUUUUCCUUUUUUGGAUUUAACUGUGGACAUGUCAGAAAUUCGUGUUAUUUAA